GAAAAGUAUAUAAAAACAGAGGAGAGAUAGAUAGAUAGAGAGAGAAGGUCAUAAAAUUUGAUUUCUCUUAUUUUACGGAGAGAGAUAAAAGAGUUCUUAGGGUUUUUGGGCAUCUCACGAGGUUUUACAGAGAUCGCUAUCUAACAUGGACUCGAUGAUGACUCAGACGACUGUUUUGGCUGUGACGGAUGAUGUGGUGUUGCCUGUUAGCUCUGUUCUCACUAUAAUGAAAGAUCUCGCCAAAGAAGGGGUUGAACGUUGUGAUCCUGUCAUCAUUACUCAAGCUUCCACAAUAAAUCAGGUUCCUUUGGAUGCUUCCUCAGUGGAUGUGGUUUUAGCCAUUUCCAGAACAUCUGAUUUUCCUAGUGAUAAAAUAUAUGGCGAGUUCUCAAGAGUUCUGAAGCCUGGUGGUUCGGUUUUUGUGUGCACUAACUCGGAAGGUGAAACUAUAGAGUUGCAACAGACCCUUCAAAGGAGAGUGACGUUGGCUGGUUUUCUGGAGCCACAGUCUCUUGAUUUGAAAUCAAUUAAGUUGCCUAACUUCAGCUUAUCUGUUGGGAUUAAGGCAAAGAAACCUUCUUGGAAGAUUGGUUCAUCAUUUGCUCUCAAGAAGCCUGCAAAAACAACUCUCUUGAAGGUUAAUCUAGACGCUGACUUGGAUCUUAUUGAUGAAGACUCUCUUUUGACAGAGGAGGACUUGAAGAAGCCACAGAUUCCUGUUGCUAGCGGCUGUGAAACCACUAAGAAAGCUUGCAAGAACUGCGUUUGCGGUAGAGCUGAGAUAGAGGAGAAAGCUGUGAAGCUAGGCGGCCUCACAGAGGAUCAAAUUGAGAAUCCACAGUCAUCGUGUGGCAGCUGUGGGCUCGGUGAUGCCUUCCGCUGCGGUACAUGCCCUUACAAGGGUCUCCCACCCUUCAAACUAGGCGAGAAGGUAACCCUUUCUCAAAACUUCCUUGAAGCUGACUUCUAAGCCUGCGGAAGGUGCAUCUCUAUAUGUGCUUGUUUCUUACCGAUGCCAAAACCUUUUGUUAAACACAGAGUAGUUUGAUCACUUUGUGUCCUUUCUUAUAUUUUGUUUGUUGGUACUUCCUUUAUUUCUCGGCUUUCGAAAUGGUUGGUGAUACUCAAUACACAUUGGAUCCUUAAUAUCAAUGAAGAACAGCGUUUCACUUUGUUAA